UUUAUGGCGCAUACGUUGCACCAUAUGCGGAAAGACGUGAUAUCUACGUGACGAUGUAGACAGAUAUUGCAGACGAAAAUAAUGACUGAAUCAGAAACAGUGUAAACCUGAUAUUUGAACCAACAUGAAGUUGGUAUCAAGAGACAUCGAUAAGAACAAUGCAGGGUGUGUGACCCUCAUCCCAGAUGAAGCUGAGGACUUGUGGCAUGCGUACAAUUUGAUAAUGGUGGACGAUACCAUCAGGUCGACCACAAUUAGGAAAGUGCAGACUGAGUCGGCUACUGGAAGUGUAAGUGUGAACAAAGUAAGAACGACGCUGACCAUUAAAAUAGAGGCCAUCGACUUUGAUACCCAAGGAUGUGUUCUCAGGCUCAAAGGUCGGAAUAUUCAGGAAAACCAAUAUGUGAAGAUGGGUGCCUACCAUACUCUAGAUUUAGAAGUGAACAGAAAAUUCACACUAGGAAAGCAAGAAUGGGACAGCAUUGCUCUAGAAAGAAUCGAGAUGGCUUGUGAUCCUACUCAGCAUGCAGACCUAGCAGCUGUCAUUAUGCAGGAAGGCCUGGCCAAUGUGUGCCUCAUCACAUCCAACAUGACAAUAGUCAGGGCCAAGAUAGAAACCAACAUUCCACGCAAAAGAAAAGGAAGCUGUACCCAACAUGAUAAGGGUUUAACAAAGUUUUAUGACCAGAUCGUGCAAGCAAUAUUACGCCAUAUAAAUUUUGAUGUUGUAAAGUGUGUGUUAGUUGCCAGUCCUGGAUUUGUGAAGGACCAGUUCAUGGCAUACAUGAUGGACCAAGCCAUAAAGAUGGAAUACAAGGUUCUAAUUGAUAACAAACCUAAGUUUGUAAUGGUUCACUCUUCCUCGGGAUUCAAACAUUCUCUCAAAGAGAUUUUACAAGAUCCUUCUGUCGCCUCUAAGUUAUCUGAUACCAAAGCAUCUGGAGAGGUGAAAGCUUUAGAUGAUUUUUACCAGAUGUUGCAGAACGAUCCAAACCGAGCUUUCUAUGGGGCCAGACAUGUAGAAAAAGCUGCAGAACUGCAAGCUGUGGAAGUCCUCCUCAUUUCAGACGAAUUGUUCAGAGCCCAAAAUGUUGCUCAGAGAAAACGUUUUGUGAAGCUUGUAGACUCAGUGAGAGAAUGUGGUGGAGAUGUGAAGAUUUUUUCCAGCAUGCAUAUAUCAGGCGAACAGCUUGGACUCCUGUCUGGGAUAGCUGCAAUUCUAAGGUUUCCUAUACCUGAUGACGAAGAGGAAGAUUCUGAUGAUGAUUGAUGUUUGGGGAUUUAGGAUUAAUCUAAUUGAGCACUGGACCUGAGGCACUCUCAGCAAAAUCUCGGUGAUGUCAAACGAUGGAAUUUGUCACAUGACUGGUGUCAGUGUAGUUGUGUUGUUCAAUAAUCUCAUUGAUGUAUUUCUCUGGAAAGAAAUACCAAGUUUAUUGAUGUCUGAAACUUUGAAUUGAACUGAUUAUUAAGUAUUUUGUUAAAUUUUUAACAAACCAUGUUGAAUUUUUAACAAUAGCAUUCUUCAUCUAUGAGUAUGUAUAUUUAUUUGUUAUUAAAAAUUGCAAUCAAAUUCUUUGUU